UCUGUCAUCUUGCGGCCGAAUAGUAUCACUGUUGCUUCAGAUUUAAAGCGCUGCACUUCGAAUCAGCUACAACUGAUUACACACGCAUACUGGUACACCUUUUCCGUUGGAGUUUGAAUUAGAAUUGUGUUGAAAUCAAAACUCUGUGAAAUAUUGAAAAAAGUAAAGCUGAAAGAAAUUUUAACAAUUUUGUGGCCAUUAUUUUAUAAAAAAAAGUUGUGAGAAGAUAAGAAAAGAUAUAUUAGAGAUAUAUUCAAGUGAAAAAUACGGUUUUUUUAAAAUUCAAUUAGUGAAAUAAAUUUCAGAAAGUUUUCUGCCUAUUUCAACACUUCCCUCAACUUGAGAAAAUGAUGACACAAAGAAAAGUUUUUGCUGGCAUCUUCAUUUCAGCUUUGCUCUGCAUGUGGAUGGUGUCGUUCGCUGAGGGUGCUCCAAUGCCAAGGUACCAAAAUAAUGGCUAUUAUAAUGAGCUCGAAGAAGUACCGGAUGAUAUCCUAAUGGAAUUAAUGGCACGCUUUGGACAAACAAUAAUGAGAGCUCGCAAUGAUUUGGAAAAUUCCAAACGUACUGUGGACUUUGGUUUGGCUCGUGGCUAUUCUGGUACACAAGAGGCAAAACAUCGCAUGGGCCUAGCUGCUGCCAAUUUCCCGGGCGGUCCAGGUAGAAGGCGCCGCUCGGAAACCGAAGUUUAAAUAACUACAAAAUGCCCCGAAACCAUGUCCAACACCAAGCCCGAAAACGUUCUACCCCAACACAGGACUAUGACUUAAACGAAGCCAAAAAUAUGUUUGUUCGAAACAAGGAUUAUAAACCAGCACAACGCAUCAUUCAAAUACAAUUGGAAUGCUGUCCAAAUCAAUACUUUAUUUAAAAGUUAUUUGUAUUAUUUCUAUAUGUUGUUUUGGUUAGUAAGUUAGUAUAAAUUGUGUAUAUAAAUGAAAAACCCCCAAAACCAAAAUCGUAUCGCCAAGUAUAAAUUUUAAAUAAUGUUUUAUUCGCAAAAAAUCACGAUAAAAUUGAAAACAUGAAAAAAGGCUAAACUGUUGCUCCAAAAUUGCCAACUAACGGAAUAUCUUUGUUUAGAAAAUUAAGACGUUAACAUUUCAUAUGCUUUAACCACUAAUGCUUCUUCUCUUCGAAAAAAUAAAAAUAAAAUUACACAAACGUUUUAAAACAUCACUAAAUAUUAACUAUAUUGUUGAAAACAAAUCAAAUCAAAACACAACUAAACUAAAAAUCAAAAUCGACAAAAUGUAAUACUACGUCAUAUGUAUGUACUAUUUUUUAGUAUUUAAGUGUUUACCAAUCUCAAAAAAAAAAAAAAAAAAAAAUAACACAAUAAAUAUAUGCAGUUUACCAACAGUUGCGACUUCAGAAGUUUUCCCCAUCAGCAGAUACAAUUAAUUGCAACAAGGUCCCCGAAAGAUUAGUAUGUUACUAUUAAAUAUGUAUGUAUUGUUUUUACAAAAUCUGUGUAUGUAUAUGUUUACGUUUGAAGAAAAAUAAUACAUUUUAAGUUCCUAUUUCUUAAUUUUAUUAAAACAAAAACUAAUUUUACAUUAGACUAUGUACGGUAAGUAAAACAAAAGAAUAAACUGAAAUUGUAAAGUACGAAAUAAAGUAUGGCAUGUUUAAAUGUGACAACAUCUUCUAAAUAACAAGAAUACCAGCACAACA